CCCCCGCAUCCCAGGACCCUCUCUCCCCCGGAGGCCGAUCUCUCUCAGACCUGCUGGCAGUAGCUCCCCUAUUUAAAAACACCCACUUUUUGGUCCCAGAGAGCGCUCAUCUCGAUUUUUCCCCCCCGGUGGCAUACUGAGACACCCUGUGUCAGAGCCUCACCGCGACUCCUGCUGCUUUCUCCCUCAACCUCAAAUUAUUCAGGACUCUCUUCUACCUUUCCUUGGGAGACCACCCCACCACCACCACCACCACAGCCCUGCAGGGGCGGGGCCUCCGCAUCCCACCUUUGCCCGGGGUUUGCGCUCUCCGCAUUGCCGCGGGGCGCCGCCUCCCCCAUGCCGCCCUCGGGGCUGCGGCUACUGCCGCUUCUGCUCCCGCUCCCGUGGCUUCUAGUGCUGACGCCCGGGAGGCCAGCCGAGGGACUCUCCACCUGCAAAACCAUCGACAUGGAGCUGGUGAAGCGGAAGCGCAUCGAAGCCAUCCGUGGCCAGAUCCUGUCCAAACUACGGCUCGCCAGUCCCCCGAGCCAGGGGGAGGUGCCGCCCGGCCCGCUGCCCGAGGCCGUGCUCGCUUUGUACAACAGCACCCGCGACCGGGUAGCAGGCGAGAGCGCGGACCCGGAGCCCGAACCCGAGGCGGACUACUACGCCAAAGAGGUCACCCGCGUGCUAAUGGUGGACCGCAACAACGCAAUCUAUGAUAAAACCAAAGACAUCCCACACAGUGUAUAUAUGUUCUUCAAUACAUCAGACAUUCGGGAAGCAGUGCCUGAACCCCCAUUGCUGUCCCGGGCAGAGCUGCGUCUGCAGAGAUUCAAGUCAAGUGUGGAACAACACGUGGAACUCUACCAGAAAUACAGCAACAAUUCCUGGCGUUACCUUGGUAACAGGCUGCUGACCCCCACCGAUACGCCUGAGUGGUUGUCUUUUGACGUCACCGCAGUCGUACGGCAGUGGCUGAACCAAGGAGACGGAAUACAGGGCUUUCGCUUCAGCGCUCACUGCUCUUGUGACAGCAAAGAUAACGUACUCCACGUGGAAAUCAACGGGAUCAGUCCCAAACGUCGAGGUGACCUGGGCACCAUUCAUGACAUGAACCGACCCUUCCUGCUCCUCAUGGCCACCCCACUGGAGAGGGCCCAGCACCUGCACAGCUCAAGGAACCGCAGAGCCCUGGAUACCAACUACUGCUUCAGUUCCACGGAGAAGAACUGCUGUGUGCGACAGCUGUACAUUGACUUUCGGAAGGACCUGGGCUGGAAGUGGAUCCACGAGCCCAAGGGCUACCAUGCUAACUUCUGUCUGGGGCCCUGUCCCUACAUUUGGAGCCUGGACACACAGUACAGCAAGGUCCUUGCCCUCUACAACCAACACAACCCAGGUGCUUCGGCGUCACCGUGCUGUGUUCCACAGGCGCUAGAGCCGCUGCCCAUCGUGUACUACGUGGGCCGCAAGCCCAAGGUGGAGCAGCUGUCCAACAUGAUCGUGCGCUCCUGCAAGUGCAGCUGAGGCCCCGCCCCGCCCCGCCCCUCCCGGCAGGCCCGGCC